UCAAAAUUUAGUCGAGUUAAAUGCAACUAAGAGCAGUGCGCGUGGACUGCAGCAGAACUUGUGCCAACACCAACACUACCUAUAAAAGCUCCUUAUAACGUCAAGCGAAUGCGAGACAACAACAAUAACGAUAAUGUCCCAACAAUCCACCAUUCAACUGACGACCGAGCAGCUACAGUUAAUGUUGGAUUCGGUACGUUCUGCAGCCGUUGCAGCAGCGAAUUGCGCCGCCCCAGCUACCGUGAAGAUGAGAGGCACGUUCGUGUAUUGCAACAGUCGUCUUGGAGAUCAACAUGAUUCCGUUUAUGUCGAGGAGUUUAUUCAAUCAGUACUGGCAUACAAGGAUAUGGAAUCGAUCAGCGAUGAAGACGCGCUUAAAAGUAUCGCCAUACUGUUUUACGGCGAGGCCGCCUUAUGGUGGCUGGGUGUGCGUGGGGCGAAGGAAGUGCAUACUUGGGACGAGGCAAUCGCUUUGAUUCGUGAGCACUUCGCACCCGCCAAACAAGCUUAUCAAUUGUAUAUGGAGAUUUUUGAGGAAAAGCAAGAUGACCAAACAGCCAUAGGAACAUUUGUCUGUCAGAUGCGUGCUCUACUGGCACAAUUGCCCGAGGGGCGGCACGAUGAGGAUACCGAGUUAGAUAUGGUCUAUGGUUUGCUGAAUAUAAAGUAUCGGCGUCAAAUAUUACGUCAAGAUGUUAAAACUUUCCGUGAUUUACUUGAGAGGGGAAGAGCCGUUGAGUAUAAUUGUAAGCAAGCCGAGGAGAAGAAAUGUAAAAAUAAAUCCUAAACGGACCAGUUUUAAAGUAUCUAUCGUCAGAUUGCUUACUAAUAGGCGACCAGCACAAUCAAAUAGUUGUAUCUUGACCCUGAAAUCGGACUCCAUCCAACAUGCGGGAAAAUUUAAAAUUUGGUUUCUCAAGGGUAGCGACAGCAACAUUGUUACUUCUCGGACACAAGUAAACUCUAAUAAAAUUAUUUAUAAACCUGUAAAAAGGCUCAGGGCCCGAUAGCGGUCAUGUUAUAAAGAGUAGAGUUAGAGUAACAAGCAGGAAAGAAGUGGAAUACGAAAAAUAAAUUAAGAGACUCAUAA